GAUCAACGGUGUGAGAUAUCUUCGUCAUGUCGUACUACGACGUGGACUCAAUAUUGACUGACUCGGAGAAACUGCCCUGCACGUUUGAGCUGGAAGUACCCGGGUUGGGCGUGUUGGAGGGGAAUCCGGGUGAAAACAUCAAAGCGGGAACGCAACUCGACCUCCCAUUAUGGCUUGGUGAAAUGCUGUCGAUUGGAGCCCGCCUGGGCACGUCCCGUCUCGUCACACUCGACAUCCCAUCCGCUCUAUCAGAGCGCGUGCUGAAUGCGCUCAAGGCCGACCCCCGAACGAUCGACCUGCGCUCGCUGGCGCCACACUUUUACAGUCUCAGUGAGCGGGUGCUGGAGUUGUUUGAGGAGGAGGAGAUGGUGGAUGUUUUGUUGAAUACAUUCGCGAAACGCGCUGCAGAGAUCGCAGACCAUGCGCAUAAUCCCAAGGGUGCGAUGGGGCAGGGGGUGGACUUCUUGCGCGGACUGGAUGAGAUGGAGAGGCAGUUAUUCCGAGUUGCUCAUGAAGGAGCUAAGGAAGUGCGGGUUUGGGCAGGGGAGGCAAAAAAGAGGCCCUGAUCCUUUGAUUGCUUGGUUGGGUGAUCUGUGAGUAUAUGUGAGGGAAGUUUGUUAUGAACGAUAUAUGAUGGAGUUAGGGUUGUUUUUGGAGUUAUCAAUGAGUAUGUAUAUAUUAG